ACGUGCCAGAUCAGCAGUAGGUGUGUCCUUCAGGUAAAGAUGGCUGCUCUGAAGAGGCUCAUUCAAGAGUACAAAGAACUGACCCUCAACCCACCCGAGGGGAUAGUGGCUGGGCCUAAGAGUGACAACAACUUCUUUGAAUGGGAGGCACUGAUAACAGGUCCUGAGGACAGUCCGUUUGAUGGAGGAGUGUUUGCUGCUGAGUUGGUCUUCCCUCAGGACUACCCCCUCAAUCCUCCAAAGAUGAAAUUCAUUUCUGAAAUAUUUCAUCCAAACGUGUAUUUAGAUGGGCGUGUCUGUAUAUCAAUAUUACACACUCCAGGGGAUGAUCCAUUGGGCUAUGAAACAGCUGCUGAGAGGUGGAGUCCAGUUCAGUCGAUUGAGAAGAUAUUAUUGUCAGUAGUGAGUAUGUUAGCAGAACCGAAUGAUGAGAGUGGAGCUAACGUUGAUGCAUCAAAAAUGUGGAGGGAGAACAGAGAUCAGUUCAAUAAGAUUGCAGCUGGAUUAGUCAAGAAAUCUUUAGGGCUGACCUAGUGUAUACAUUAUAUCAUUGUUAUUAUUUAUUGUUUUUUAUUAUAAGUUAAAGUAUCAUCAAGUAAUGUUAUAACUGA